AUGCGAACUGUUCUUAUAGCUCUGUGUGUCAUCAGUCUUUCGUCCCCAUGGGUUAUCUACAGGAGAAAUCACAAGAAGAAACUCGUCUGCAAGGAAGAUCCCCUGAACAGCACUACAGUGGAAGAUUCGUCAGAAGAAUCAAUCACUGCAGUGCAACCCGACGGAGAAGAGAUAUUUGAAGAGUUGAUCUCCAGGUCCAAAUCAGACAACGCUAAUAUUCAUUUAUCUUCGAGGAAGAACAAAACCUCCAAGGUUCAUGAUGAUGACUUCGACCUCGUUAGCGAUCAGCUCAGUGAUGAAGAAAUCGAGGAGGUGAAGCAGCAAAUCCGAGAAACCUGCGCUGCGUUGAAAAUCACAUGA